AACUGUCCAAUCAGGAGCACGGUUACUCGCAGCCUGCGUCCCGGAAGCCUUUCUUAGUCUGUCAGGAUCUGUUUUGGGCGACUCUGUGUUCGGCUGACUCUGGUGCUCUCCAGGAGGACACCGAGCCAAGUCAGAAGCACGAAAUGGAGCCAGUAACCUUUGAAGAUGUGGCUGUGGACUUCACUGUAGGAGAAUGGGCAUUGUUGGAUUCUACUCAAAAGAAGCUCUACAGUACUGUGAUGGAGGAAACAUUUUUGAACCUAAUCUCCAUAGGGAAGGCACUAAAAGAAAAUAUUGAAGAGGACCGCAAAGAACUCAGCGGAAAUAUGGGAGCUCAGGUGACUGAGAAAGCCUGUGGAUAUGAAUGUGCUAGUAGGUGUAAUACAAAUCAGAAACCUAUUACAGAGAAUAGCAUCAAUGAAGACAUGCCUCCAACAAUAAGAGUUCAUGGAAGCCCAUUGCACGUAAGAAACAUUAUUAGUCAUUCAUCCUCACGUGGGUGUUUCAGAGAACAAACAAGAGAGAUACAAUCUGUAUGUAAGGAAGCUAUGGCAAAAGCUCUUACACAUCAGAUACAUUGGAAAGAUAUCCGUCAUUCUGAAUCACUUCUAGUACUGGAAACUUCUCCAAAGGAGAAAACCUGUAAAAGUCAACAAUGUAAUGAAGCCUAUAGGAAUCUCCCCUCUGAGCAUCCUCAGGAGAGAAGUCACACUCGAGAUAAACUCAAUGAGAAUGUAUUAGUGAGGUACACGUAUGGCCAGAAUGAUGGACUCCAUAAAGAAGUGAAACCAUUUGUGGGCAAGCUCUAUGAAAAAUCCGAGAUUAAUUCCACUAGCAUUAUAAACCAUGAAAAAAAUCAUAUUGGAGAGAAAAGGUACAUUUGUAGUCAACGUGGCAAAACAUUUAAUUAUGCAAAAUGUUUAGAAAACCAUAUAGUAACUCACAAAGGAGAGAAGCUUUAUGCUUGUAAACAUUUUGGAAAAGCCUUCACACAAUACAGUUAUCACAACAGUAAUGAAAGCAGUCGCAUGGGACAGAAUCCUUAUACAUGUAAAUAUUGUGGAAAAGGUUUCACCAGUUCCACUUAUCGAAACAUUCAUGAAAGAAUUCACACUGGUGAAAAGCCUUAUGCAUGUAAGUAUUGUGGAAAAGCCUUCACCAGUUCUGCUUAUUGUAAUAUUCAUGAAAGAAUUCACAGUGGAGAAAAGCCUUAUGCCUGUACGCAUUGCGGAAAAGCCUUCAGCGACUUAAGUCGUCGUAACAGACAUGAACGGAGUCACACUGGAGAAAAUCCUUAUGCAUGUAGGUAUUGUGGAAAAGCCUUCAGUGACUCUAGUCGUCGUAACAGACAUGAAAGGAUUCACACUGGAGAGAAGCCUUAUACAUGUAAGCAUUGUGGGAAAACCUUCACCAAUUUCAGUUCAUGUAAAGCUCAUGAAAGAGUUCACACUGGAGAGAAGCCUUAUGCAUGUAAGAUUUGUGGAAAAGCAUUUACCCGCUCUAAUCAACUGAGCAUUCAUGAAAGAGUUCACAGUGGACAGAAGCCUUAUGCAUGUAAACAUUGUGGGAAAACCUUCAAAACUUCUACUUGUCGAAACUUACAUGAAAAAAUUCACACUGGAGAGAAAUCCUUUGUCUGUAAAACAUGUGGGAAACUGUUCAUUCAGUCUAGUGAUCUUAACAAGCAUGAAAGAGUUCACUCUAAAGACAAGCCUUAUGCAUGUAAGCAUUGUGGAAAAUUCUUUAGUGACUCCAGUAGUCGUUAUAGACAUGAAAGGCGUCACACUGGAGAGAAGCCUUUUGCAUAUAAGCAUUGUUGACAGACCAAUUUCAGUUUGUGUAAGGCUUACAAAAUAGUCCACACUGGAGUGAAGCAUUGUGCAUGUAAGCAUUGUGGAAAAGCAUUUAGCUGCUCUAGUCAUCUGAACAUUCAUGAAAAAAAGACUCAUACUGCAGAAAAACCUAAUUCAUGUAAACAUUGUAGAAAAACCUCCAACUUGCAUGAAAAAAAAAAAAACACACGUGAGAAAACCUUUGAGAGACUUCAUUAACUCUAGUGAUUUUAAAAGGCAUGAAAGAGUUCACUCAAAAGACAGGCCUUACGCUUCACACUAGUUGAUAGCAUAAUUGUGGUAAGCAUUGUGGAUAACCGUCAUUAUUUCCACUUGACACAGAAUAAUAAAAAAAAACAUUCACAUUGGAGAAAAACCUCUGUUUGUAAACAUUUGGUAAACUCUCGUUAUUUUAUCAAGCAUACAAAAUCUCGCCCUGGUGAGGAAUUUUAUCAACAGUACCAAUAUGGUAUAGUCUUCACCAUUUCCAGUUUCUGUAUUCCUCAUGCAAGAAUUUACACUUGAAAAGGCCUAAUGCAUAUAUGCAUUUAAGUAUUGUGCAAAAGCCUUCAUCAGUUCCUUUUGCCAUGAUGUUCUUAAGAAUUCACCCUGGAGACAGGCCUUAUUUACUUAGCUGUGGAAAACCCUUAGCAGCCACCUUUCCUAUUCUACUCAAAAUUGUUUCCCACUGGAAAAAUAUUCACAGUUUUAAAAACCUUGUCAUCUUAAACAGUCUGUCCCUGAAUUUCUGUGUUUCAAAUCUAUGCUCAAACUCAAAAUGAUCUCACAGUGAAAACUGCAGUGUGUAACCAGUAUUAACUCUCUGUCACUGUGUUGCUGGUGGUUUUCUUGUCCUGCCAGGUCCUGCUGCUGCUUCAGCACCAAAGGAACACAAACUGUUGGCCAGUGGCUAGGGCUUCUUAUUAGCUAGCUCUGUCUUAAUUAUUAACCCAUAACUACUAGUCUAUAUAUUUCUAUAUGACCUUAUCUUACCAGAGAACACCUGGUGCAUCCCAUCCUCCCAGCUCCUCUAUGGUGUCUCUUUCUGCCUACCUUUCCUAGAAUUCUCCUCAUCUCCAAGUCCCGCCUAGCUUCUUGCCUCUACGGCUAUUGGCCAAACAGUGUUUUAUUUAUCAACCAAUAAAAGAAACAUAUAUACAGAAGGACAUCCCCUAUCAACACUGCAUUGCUCAAGUUGCUUCUAUUGUGAGUAUGAAAGAAGAAUGUGGUUAGAACAUGGGAUGCAUCAGCUAGUAAUGGUUCAUGCUAGAAAAAUGUUAUUAUCUCAGUUACCUCCUUGGAUCUUAUAUUGUGGAAAUAGAGACAUAAUUCCUACAAGUAGUCUCCUGAGAAUCACAUGCAUACUUUGUAAUGAACACAGAGAGAGUAAAAAAGAGAUACAAAUGAGUAAAGAAAUAACGACAUGUUUAUAUAAGAGUGGAGACAUAACUAACAAACACAGUAUUUUAAUGUUGAAAGAUACAGAUUAGAAGACCUGCAAAAGUGUAAUUCUAACCCCCAGUAUUUUACUGUAUGUAGCAUGAAAACCAUUUGCACUAUGAGUGAUACUAUCUGUAUUUUGGUGUGUGUGUGUGUGUGUGUGUGUGUGUGUGUGUGUAUGUGUGUGUGUGUGUGUCUUUUUUUGUUUGUUUCUUUAACCAUGGCUAUGGCAGUAGCUUUGAAAACAGGUGUAGCAGUGGUGUGCUUGAGAAUGGCCAAUACACAAAUAAGUGUGAAACUUUGUUCCCAUUGAUGGACUUGUUUGAGGAUGAUCAGAAGGUAUGGCCUGUGGUGAAUAUCUGUCACUCUAGGCAAGAUUGAGAUUUCUAAAAGCAAUGACACUGCUAGUUUGUCUCUCUGCCUCCUGAUUGUAGAUUAUCCUGUGAGCUGUCAGUUGUUCCUGACACCAUGCCUUUGCUCCACCAGAACAGAUUCUAACACUCUGCAAUCUAACACUUCUUUUUAAAACUUGAUUUACUUAAAAAAAUAAAAAAAUUGUGAUUUGUAACAGCUUUAGAAAAGAAACUCAGAUAUCCAUCCACCCUGGUGCUUUAAGAAGAAUCAAAUCUGAUCAAAAGAAAUUUUCAUGGCAAAACUGAAAAUUCUGGUUGUCAUUUAAAUGUGCUAAAAGUUGUGAAACUUGAAUCAAAAAUCAGCAAUGAAUUAAAUGCUUUCUGGAAGUUAGUCCAAAAGUUUGAGAAACAGCUUGAAAGAAGUACAUUCACAUUUUCAGCAUUUUAUUAUUGGCCCAUUCCCAAACAGGUUUGCUUUGCAUUAUCUUUUUAUUAGGAAGGCAAGGUAUGGUUUCUGUGGUUACUGCAAGUUAUCUUCUCACAUCUGAAGUUUUGGAGCUAGGAAGCCCAAACAAGAGAAAAGAGAUUUAUCUUUCUGAGUCUGAGUUAGCACAUAUGUUUUGUAGUUGAUUCCAUCUACCAAAACAUUUUCUGCCUUAAGAUUUUUUGUGCCUGAGUAGUUUUCCAUUGGUAAUUGGGGAAGAAACUAGAGAGGGGAAUAGCUCGAUGUGACUGACAGGAGGGGGAAAGUGUGAAAACUGACAGAGAUUUCUAAUUAGAGAUGAAACGAAGACAGUCAAUAUGGUAGAGGAAUGAGGAGUAAACCCAGUGCUGUUUGGUAAUGGUGAAGAAGUAGUUCUUUUGUAUAUACCCAAAACUAUACCAUGUAUAGUUUUCAUAAUAUAUAGCAUCUAUUAUUAUAUAUAAUAGUGGUAUAUGAUACUCGCAUAGUUUAUAAUGCAAGUGUAAAUAAAAGUAUGUACACACUCAUAUAUAUACAAAGUCAAAUAUAUUAAAUGAAACUAUGUUACUUGGCAUGAUUCUCCCUCCCCUCAAGAACCCUACAGUAAUAAAAAAAAAAAAAA